GUAUUUGCCACUCGCACAUGUGAUAAAUUUCAAAAUGGCCUCCUUUGGAAAUGCAAUUCCUCCUCCUGCAAAACCUGCUGACACAAAUGCUGCUUUCGCAGAUGCCUUAAAAAGAGCCAAAGAGAUCGCCGCCAGAAUGGGUUCGGCCGCAGCUGCUAGUAGUGGCGAGUCAGCUAAAAGGCCCUUAGAAGCUUCUUCUGGUGGUGAACCAGCAGCAAAAAAACCUCUCAUGCAAGGCUCUAAUGAUAUUGUUAUCGAUGCAAAGGCAAUAGCGAUGCAAGUUGCUGCAAAUAUUGCACAAAGAGCUGGAUUACAAUCAAUGCCUGUUGAAGAUUUAAAAAUUCCUAACAAAUAUGUUGGGCUAAUUAUUGGAAAAGGUGGUGAACAGAUCAAUAAACUUCAGUCCGAAACUGGUGCAAGAGUUCAAGUUGCUCCAGAUCCACCUCCUGGAGCAAUGCCCCCUCCAGAUCGUGCUGUCACAAUCUCUGGUAACCCUGAAGCUGUGGAAAAAGCCAAAAAUUUGAUCCUCAAAAUUUGCGAAGAUGGCAAAGUUCCAGAGUCCUUGAUGUCUGUACCAACAAUUGCCCCUGGAGAAUCAUUAAUGGAAGUUAUGAUUCCAGCUUCAAAAGUUGGAUUGAUUAUUGGCAAAGGUGGUGAAACAAUUAAAAACCUGCAGGAACGAGCUCAAUGUAAGAUGGUUAUGGUGCAAGAUGGUCCCUGGUUAAGUGCUCCUGAAAAACCACUCAGAAUAACUGGUGAACAGUCAAGGUGCCAACGAGGGAAAGACUUGGUGUUGGACUUGCUUACGGAAAAAGAACUUGAGCAGAUCCAACAAAAAGGCUCAGAUUUCAUGGGCAAACAAACAAAUGAAUAUGGUACACCCAUCGGAGGAGGACAGUUCGGUCAAAACCCGCGAAAUUUUGGUGCCCAGAACGAGAUCCCAGUUCCCAAAGAAAGUGUUGGGUUUAUCAUCGGCAAGAAUGGUGAUACAAUCAAACGAUUACAGAGUGAAACAGGAGCGAGGAUUCAGUUCAAGCCUGAUGAUGCCAGCUCACCGACAAGGGUAGCAACGAUACAAGGUCCUCCUGAGCAAGUUCAAAGAGCAUCGCAAAUGAUCAACGAAAUCGUUGAACAAUCACGACAGAGGUCCGGUGGUUCAAGAGGAGGACCUCCAAUACCAAGUGGUCCUGGAGUCAGAAAAGUCGAUUUUCCAGUUCCUGCAGCUAAAUGUGGACUUGUCAUUGGAAAAGGUGGAGAAACCAUUCGACAGAUCAACCAGGCCUCUGGGGCACAUGUUGAGCUCAAUAGAAAUAUUCCUGAAAAUGGACCAAAGCGGUUAUUCACUAUUCGAGGCACUGAACAACAAAUUCAACAAGCACAGAAUAUGAUUCGUGAAAAAACUGGUGAUGGUGGCGGAGGGUAUGGUCAAAAUCACGGACAAAAUGAUUAUAACCAAGGAGGUUACCAACAGAAUCAACAACAGAACCAACAAAGUUGGCAAGGCUAUCCCUAUCAACAGUAUGGUCAACAACAAAACCCAUACGGGCAAGCUCAAAAUAAUUAUGGACAACCGCAACAACAGGGUGGGCCCCCAGGCGAUCAGCAAGGGUCAAACCCAGCAGCUUCGGGAGCUCCAACCUCUGGUGCUGGUCCUACAGCAGGGGCUCAAGGUCAGCCAGACUACAGCGCAGCGUGGGCGAUGUAUUAUCAACAAUUGUAUCAACAACAAGCCGCAGCAGCCGCUGGACAAUCUGCCGGAGGUAACGCUGCACAAGGUGGUCAACCUGAUUACACUGCUCAAUGGAUGGAAUACUACCGCCAACAGGGCUACUACUAUCCCUACGGCCAACAGCAGCAACAACCAGGACAGCAAGCCCAACAACCUCAACAGCAAGGACAGCAACCUGGACCUCCUCAAGGACAUCAACCUGGUCCACCUCAAGGUCAGGGACAACCUCAACAACGAUGAUGUCUUUAGUGAUUGAAAUGUUGUGCCUAACCCAAUUCAUUGUAAGUCGAAUCUUGUGUAUUAUACCUGCAUAGCCCUAGUAUACAGCAUACUGAACAACUUGUAAAGUAAUCAGUGAUGACAGUAUUAUCACGUGCCUUUUAUAAUAAUGGGUGCAAGAACUGAAUGUAAUAAAAAAUAGUUUCUUCGAAAUGUGUCGGAAUGAAUAUAUCAAUGAUACGGUUGGCCGUCGGUUGCAUUUACUAAUUAAACGUAUUUUUUAAUAGAUUGUGUAUUUUAGUUUUAAAUAAAAACUUUUGUGUACUUUA